UAAGAUACAAUUUUUGAAAUUGAGAAGUGCCAAAUGGGCAUUUAUUGCCGCCGCUGCGAAAAUCAGUGCGAACGGCUGAGCUGGCGGCUGCACUAAUCGCCGUCCCUGGCAUUGGGAAAAAGCAAGAAGAAGAACCGUCACCUGCGAAAAAGAAAAAACAAUAUUUUUCGAGAAAUGUUAAGAAGAAAAGCAGUGGACAAAGGCCAACUACUACAACAACACUAGAAGCAGCGAAAUUGUGACACACAUACACGCAGCCCAGAGACAGCGACACCAAAAACAAGGAGACGGACUGACGGACCAUCACCUCACCUGCUGCGAAAAUGGAGGCGGACGGACUUACAAAUGAACAGACGGAAAAGGUUCUACAAUUUCAGGACCUGACCGGCAUAGAGGAUAUGAAUAUAUGUCGCGAUGUGCUCAUCAGACAUCAAUGGGAUCUCGAGGUUGCUUUCCAGGAGCAGCUAAACAUACGCGAAGGUCGACCCACAAUGUUCGCAGCCUCCACAGAGGUACGGGCACCGGCUGUGAUCAAUGAUCGUUUCCUGCAACAGGUUUUCUCCGCAAAUAUGCCCGGGGGUCGGACGAUCAGUCGGGUGCCAAGCGGUCCCAUGCCCCGCAGCUUUACGGGCCUACUGGGCUAUGUGAUUAACUUUGUAUUCCAAUACUUUUACUCGACGCUAACGAGCAUUGUCGGUGCAUUUCUGAAUCUUGGUGGAGGAAAUGAGAACCGAUUGGUCACGGAUCCCUUGGGGGAUGUCAUGAAGUUCAUACACGACUACUACGAGAGAUAUCCCGAGCAUCCAGUCUUCUAUCAGGGCACAUACGCCCAGGCCCUGAACGAUGCCAAGCAAGAGUUGCGCUUUCUGAUUGUCUAUCUGCACACGGAUCCCAGCAAGAACCCAGAUGUUGAUUCAUUCUGCCGUGAGACGCUCUCGUCAAGAUCGGUUAUCGACUAUAUCAACACACACACGCUACUCUGGGGCUGUGACGUGUCCUCGCCCGAGGGCUAUAGAGUCAUGCAGUCGAUUACGGUACGGAAUUACCCAUUAAUGGUAAUGAUUAGUCUGAGAGCCAAUCGCAUGAUGAUUGUGGGACGAUUCGAAGGUGACUGCACCCCCGAGGAGCUUUUGCGACGACUCCAAUCGGUAACUGCCGCCAACGAGGUGUGGCUCAGUCAGGCCAGAGCAGAUCGCUUGGAGCGCAACUUCACACAGACCCUACGACGACAGCAGGACGAGGCAUACGAGCAGAGUUUACUGGCUGAUGAGGAAAAGGAACGCAUACGGCAACUUGAACGUGAUGUGGUGCGUCAAGCGCAAGAGGCUGAGGAGCAAGCCAGGCAGAAUGUCGAGCUGCGUAAGGAGGAGAUCGCAAGACAGAAGAUUGAAUUGGCCACCCUAGUACCCUCCGAACCGCCCGCAGACGCUGCUGGAGUCAUUGCAGUGGUCUUCAAAAUGCCCAGUGGAACGCGACUCGAGCGACGCUUCCAUCAGACCAAUUCGCUUUUGGAUGUCUACCGCUUUUUGUUCUGCCAUCCUGAAUCGCCGGAUGAGUUCGAAAUCACAACGAAUUUCCCCAAACGUGUGCUCUAUACCAUGGCAGACAUGGACGGUCCCGAAAGUGCCGUAAAUGAGACUCUCAGCAGAACGCUCCAGGAUGUUGGUCUAAAGAACCGCGAGGUGCUAUUUGUAAAUGAUCUGGAGGCGUAACCAAGCACUGCACUACCAAAUGAUAAAAUCGUGUUACCAGCUGCAACGCAUUACCAAAACUUGAACCAAGUUUUAAGUAGUCCGUAGUUCGACGUCCAAGUUGAAGGAUAAACAGAAAGCAAAACUAUUCCUAAUUUUAAAAUGAAGAAAUAUUAAUAUAAAUAAUUGUUUAACAAUGUUUAGGUUGAUUCUUGUAAUCUAUAGUAGCCCGUCUCCAAACACACACAUACACAAACACACCAUAAGUAAAAUAUGCCCUUUUAAAACAUUCUUAAACAAAUUUUUGGUUUUUUUGUUUUAUUAAGAUGUUUUGUUAUAUUAGCUGUACUUAUACAUCCAAUCCAUUUAUUUAACAACCUAAAUAGAAACAAACUCUAAU